AUGAACCGCGAUAGCAACAACACACAGGCGAAGCAGCUUUCGGGAGAAGAGAUCGCGAAGCACAAUACCACGGAAUCAUGCUGGGUAAUUAUCCAUGGAAAGGCAUACGAUGUCACUGAAUUUAUGCCAGAGCAUCCUGGUGGUCCCAAGAUCAUCCUGAAGUAUGCUGGUAAAGAUGCCACUGAGGAGUACGAGCCUAUUCACCCGCCGGAUACGCUCGACAAAUACCUUGAUAAGAGCAAGCAUUUGGGAGAAGUCAACAUGCAAACAGUGGAGAAGGAGGAGAAGGACGAGGACCCAGAUGAGGUUGAGAGACAGGAACGCAUCAAGAGCAUGCCAAUUCUCGAGCAAUGUUAUAACUUGAUGGACUUCGAAGCUGUGGCGAGAAGGGUCAUGAAGAAGACUGCGUGGGCAUACUAUUCAAGUGGUGCCGACGAUGAGAUCACAAUGAGAGAGAACCACUCGGCAUUCCACAAGAUCUGGUUCCGGCCGAGGAUCCUACACGACGUUGAGCACAUUGACUAUUCCACAACAAUGCUGGGAACGAAAGUCGACAUACCAUUCUACGUCACAGCCACCGCACUUGGAAAGCUAGGGAAUCCCGAAGGAGAAGUGGUGCUCACACGAGGCGCAAAGAAGCACAAUGUCAUUCAGAUGAUCCCAACUCUGGCGUCGUGCUCCUUUGAUGAGAUUGUAGACGCAAGAGAAGGCGACCAGGUCCAAUGGCUUCAACUCUACGUCAACAAGAACCGCGAGAUCACCAAGAAGAUUGUCGAGCACGCAGAGAAGCGUGGCUGCAAGGGUCUUUUCAUCACAGUCGAUGCACCACAGCUUGGACGACGAGAGAAGGACAUGCGUUCCAAGUUCUCAGAUGUGGGAUCGAAUGUUCAGAACUCUGGCGGCGAUUCCGUGGAUCGAUCACAAGGUGCCGCACGAGCAAUUUCAUCGUUCAUCGAUCCAGCAUUGCAGUGGAGUGAUAUCCCAUGGUUCUUAUCAAUUACCAAAAUGCCCAUCAUCCUCAAGGGUGUGCAACGAGUCGAGGAUGUAAUUCGAGCGAUUGCAGCGGGUGUUCACGGUGUUGUCCUUUCCAAUCACGGAGGUCGCCAACUCGAUUUCGCACGAUCCGGCGUCGAGGUUCUCGCUGAAGUGAUGCCUGAACUCCGCCGCCUUGGUCUUGAAAACAGAAUUGAGGUGUACAUCGACGGAGGUAUCCGGCGUGCCACAGACAUCAUCAAGGCGCUCUGCCUGGGUGCCAAGGGUGUUGGCAUCGGUCGCCCGUUCUUGUACGCCAUGAGCGCAUACGGACUGCCCGGUGUGGAUCGAGCUAUGCAGUUGCUGAAGGACGAGAUGGAGAUGAACAUGCGGUUGAUUGGAUGUAACAGCGUGGAUCAGCUUGGACCGGAGUUCAUUGAUACUCGCGGACUGAGUAUGCACACCACGAGCGUGCCGAGUGACACUCUCGGCCUGAAUGUGUAUGAUCCAUUGGUUGGGCCCAAGGCGAAGUUGUAG